AUGAAAGGAAAAACAAAGUGCAUUUCUCUACCUCAAGACAGAGUCAUAAAAACAGAAGCUUUCAGAACCAUCUCAGAGAAGAUGUUUAAAUCACUGAUGAUAAAAUCCAACAAGGUGAAGCCUAAAGAGGAGAACAAUGAGAGUAAACAAGGUCCUGAUCCAAGCAAUCAGCCUCAACAAGCCACAAGACAGGGAGAAAACAAAAAUGAAAAGAAAUCUCUCCAAACCAAGAUGACUCCAGUCACAUUUGAAGAGUCACACACCAAAAUACAAGAUAAAAUCUCUGAGAAAAAUUCACUCAAAGAUCUGACCACAACCCCUGACCAUCAAAAUCCAACAGAAUCAAAGGGAACGAUGCCAGAGCAGAAGGAAAUGGAAACUGGGAAAGAAGGUCUAGUCAGCAAACCACAUGAAGCCCCUGUUAUAAAUGAGUAUGCUGAUGCCCAGCUACACAACUUGGUGAGAAGGAUGCGUCAAAGAACAAUCCUCUACAAGAAAAAGUUGGCAGAAGGAGAUAUAUCCUCACCUGAAGCCAGCCCCCAAACUGCAAAGCCCACAGCUGUACCAUCAACACAAGAAAGCAGUGCUAAGCUAAAAGAAGAACAUUACUAUCACAUAUUGUGUUUUAAAUUCCAGAAGAUGCCUCUGACAGAGUAUCUAAAGCAAAUUAGACUUCCAAGAAGCAUAGAUUCAUACACAGAUCGACUCUAUCUCCUGUGGCUCUUGCUUGUCACCAUUGCCUAUAACUGGAACUGCUGGUUUAUACCACUGCGCCUUGUCUUUCCGUAUCAAACACCAGACAACACACGCUACUGGUUUAUUACAGACAUCAUAUGUGAUAUCAUCUACCUUUGUGAUAUGCUAUUAAUCCAGCCCAGACUCCAGUUUAUAAAAGGAGGAAACAUAAUAGUGGAUUCAAAUGAGUUAAAGACACACUACAGGAGUUCUACAAAAUUUCAGCUGGAUGUUGCAUCAAUAAUGCCAUUUGAUGUUUUCUACGUCUUCUUUGGGUUUAAUCCAAUAUUUAGGGCAAAUAGGAUAUUAAAGUACACUUCAUUUUUCGAGUUUAAUCAUCACCUAGAGUCUAUAAUGGACAAGGCAUAUAUCUACAGAGUCAUUCGAACAACUGGAUACUUGCUGUUUACUCUGCACAUUAAUGCCUGUAUUUAUUACUGGGCUUCAGACUAUGAAGGAAUUGGAAGUACUAAAUGGGUGUAUGAUGGUGAAGGAAACAACCUUCUAGCAGCAAGAGGAGGAAACCGUCGAACUGCCAAUGUGAUAGCCCAUGGGUUUGCCAAUCUUUUAACUCUGGACAAAAAGACCCUCCAAGAAAUUCUAGUGCAUUAUCCAGAUUCUGAAAAGCUCCUCAUGAAGAAAGCCAGUGUGCUUCUAAAGAAGAAGGCUCCAGGCACAGAGGAAUCCCCUCCAAGAAAAGGACUUGCUUUUCUCUUCCAACCAAAACAAAAGACACCCAAAAUGUUUAAAGCUCUCCUGGGAGGCACAGGAAAAGCAGGUCUUACAAGACUACUCAAAAUGAAGAGGGAACAAACCAUCCAGGAAAAAAGUGAAAACUCCAAAGAAGGAGAGGGUAAAGGAAGAGAAUAUGAAGAUAAAGGAAGAGAACCAGUAGAGAAAACACAGGACAGCUCCGAAUGUAGAGCAAAUACUGUUACAGCAGAGGAAACGCCCCAGUCAAUUAGAAGGGCAGCUUUACCCAGAGGAACUACUCGUCAAUCACUCAUCAUCAGCAUGGCUCCUUCUACAGAGGCUGGGGAAGAAGUUCUGAUGAUUGAAGUUAAAGAAAAGGCUAAACAAUAAGUGUUUGAUUAUCUUUAGAUGUAAUCUAGCUAAUUCCCAAAGAGAUUGUACCCAGGAUUGUAGCUUAAAUUAAUGAGGGGAAAAGACCUUGCCAGGACCCCUGAGAAUCCAUAGACAAAUCCCUGGCUUAGUUUCUAGAACUUAUGUGAGAGUGUGAUCUUAUGCAGUAGUAAUAAGAAGAUUAUUUUCAAAACCAUCCUUAUUCUCCAUUGUCAUUAGCUUUGUGCAAUUGGUAUUUCUCCUAAUUUUAUGUAGUAAGGUUUUUUUCUCUUCCAUUCUUUCUUGAUGAUGUUUCUUCCUCCAUUUUGAUUAGCUUGGGAUUGGCCCUGAAGUGAUUCACUUACCUUUUCUCUUCAGUGUGUGUGUGUGUGUGUGUGUGUGUGUGUGUGUGUGAGAGAGAGAGAGAGAAAGUCUUGCAUGGUACUGUUAUUUCUCACUUGUAGGGGAUUAUGAGAUUUCAAUAAAAUGUCAAAAAUAAAACAUCAGGUGAUUUCCAUUCAAGCAAGGAUGAUGAGUCGUUCAAAUAUCCUAUCAAUCCAGCAGUUGGAAUUGAAGGGAAGCAGAGAUAACGGAGUCUGUGGAUGUGAAAUCUGACUUGCAGAAAAGUCCCCUGAGGAGCAAUAUUGGUCAGUGGUACUAACAAACCCACGGGGAAAUAUCAUAUUGUAGCGACAUGUUGGAAAACUCAUUCCGUUUGCUAAAGAAACAAACUUGAAUAUUUUCCCUCAUACCAACUUAAAAGGCAACAGUCUGCCUAACUCAUCUGGCUCCACAGACUCAGACUGGAGGAAUCCGAUCAUCCCCAUCUUCAGGUAGGCUAAAGUGAUGUUUCUCAGAAUCUUCCUCAAGUGUUUGCUUCUAAAGGUGCCAGAUCUCAGGGUGCCUGGGUGGCUCAGUCGGUUGAGCGUCUGACUUCGGCUCAGGUCAUGAUCUCACGGUCCCUGAGUUCGAGCCCCGCGUCGGGCUCUGUGCUGACAGCUCAGAGCCUGGAGCCUGCUUCAGAUUCUGUGUCUCCCUCUCUCUCUGACCCUCCCCCGUUCAUGCUCUGUCUCUCUCUGUCUCAAAAAUAAA